ACCUAACCAAAUCUCCUCUAUUGAAGAAUGUAAAGUAUGAUGAAUAAAACUCAGAUUAAAGAGCGGAUUAGGGAUUUGAAAGAUCAGUAUCCUCUCCAUGUUACUAUCUUUGAGAAUGACCCUCAGGAGUUAAGACGAGUUUUAGAUGAAGAGGGAGAUAUAGAAUGUAAAGACCCGAAUGGUCUAACACCUUUACAACUGUGCUCCAUCGUUGGGAAUACCGCACUAGCUGAGGUACUGCUGGACCAUGGCGCAAAUCCUGAUCUGGAGACUGCAGAGGGCUGGUCGAUAGUACAAGAAUGUGUAGCGUCCGGUAACCUCUCCCUAGCCCAGUUAGUGUUGGACGCCAGAGAAAUUCGGCGAGCAGAAAAAAGAGCAGCCCUUGUGAACGAUUUGCUGACAAAGCUUAGCAAUGCUCCUGAUUUCUAUUGUGAGAUGAAAUGGGACUUUACAAGUUGGGUGCCUCUAGUAGCAAGAAUGUGUCCUAGUGAUACCUACAGAAUUUACAAAAGUGGACCCGCUGUGAGGAUAGACUCCACUUUAACUGGAUACGAUCAGACUAAUUGGAAAAGAGGAAAUAUAACCUUCAUGUUUCUUGCUAAUGAAUCGGGCUGUGAGAUAUACGACAUUAACCACGAUGCUCGCACGAUAAGUUUAGACAGAAUAGACAUGACACACCCGGGCGAUUCGUUUGAUUCGCAGUCCCUUUCAAGCAGGCUAUCUUCCCCGCUCACUUCUACCAGGAUAAAAACAGACAAUGUACAGUUCUGGAGGGAGAAGGCAGGACUAAUAGGGUUUCGUACAGAUAAAACUGAGGAGAUUUCUGGCUAUGAAUGUUCUGUACACAGCACCUCCGGUAUAGAGAUAGUAACAAGAGAAAGGGUGGAACAUCUGACGACGGAACAGCGAGUAGUGAUAGCGAGUAACACUAGCAUGUUCGAGUCCCUGCUGAGUGGCUCUGUAGUGUCUCAUAGUGAGGAGCCUGCAGCUAGUAAUGGUGGUCCUGUGGAUAUGCCAUUGGUGGUAGAUGAGACCGAGUUUAAUUACGAGGAUGAGAUGGACCAGAAAAUAUUGGAUUAUUUCGAACAAAACACGAGUAAAGUGAGGAUCCGACCAAAGGAACAGACGGACAAAGUUCAGAAAUUUAAAGCCAGGGUCUGGCUGAGUAACAACCACCCUCUCUCUCUGCAGGAACAACUGCUACCCAUAGUCGAAUUAAUGAGUACCGGAAAUGCUCACUUUUCAAAGCUGAAAGACUUUAUCACCCUUCAACUUCCGGCCGGGUUCCCAGUUAACAUCGAGAUUCCGCUAUACCACAUGAUAAAUGCCAGGAUAACAUUCUCCAAUAUAAACUGUGCGACUACUCCUAUGGACGGGGUACUGUGUUUAGAGGGCCCGCAGGAGAACAGAGAGUGCACGUCUUGUGUAGUAGACGCUCACAUAUUCACCCCACCUGCUGACUACUUCCGGAUAGAGGGAGGUAACGAGAGACUGCGCCAGCAGCAGCAGUACUUGACAGACGAUCAGAUGCUGCAAUUUGCCAUACAACAGAGCAUGUUACCCGCUGGAGCUGCGGGGGAAGACGAUGGAGAGGAAGAAGAGGAGUUGACGUGGAUGGAAGCACUGUCCACUGUUGCCGACAGAGAGAGGCCAGCAGCUACUGUUGCUGACAGAGAGAGGCCAGCAGCUACACAAGACACCGUACAGACAGCUGUUCACCAGAUUCCUGUGGAGGACCAAUUUGAGCGUGUUCUCAGGAUGUCUUUACAGGACGAGGAGAGAAGACAAGAGCAACUCAGAUUUGAGGAGGAAGAGGAAUUGGCUAGAAUAAUAGCACUAUCACUGAACGAUAAAUGACAAAUUACCAUUUUAAAGAGGGAUUUUUCAGAAGGUUAGAAAUUCGGAAUCAUAUUUUCAGAAGGAAUAUUAUUUUAUUAUUUUGGUCGGACGAUUACGGAAUGGACAUCAGAAUCCUUUAUUAGUAGUACUCUUCUUUUAUUCUGCUGAAUAUUUAUUUGGAUAUCUAGGUCGUGUAUAUAUUAGUUAUUGCUUUAACCAAGGGUUACAUCUUGGUGACAGUACUGGUAUUAUUUUGUUUUUACAGUGUCAAUUUUCAUAAAUCCAAUCAGAUUUUGAUCUUGGUAUAUUAUUGUUAUUACAAUAUUACAUACAAUAUUAUUAUUGUUAGCGACUCCUAGUCCUAUAACAGAGAACCCCAAAUAUCAUCCCAUUUAUUUUUGUUUUUGAAGAUAGUAUUUUUGCUUAACUGUUUACAAAUUGCAAAUAGACUGAGAAGAUAAAGCUUAAAUAUAUAUGGCUCAUCAAUAGGGUUUAAAGAUUUGAACUGUGCUGAGUGACUUUUCCAGAUCAAUUUUUUUUCUGUACGCUAUCGAACCUUUUCUGUAUUCUUGUACAAUGAUGUUGAUUGUUUCAAAUAUUUAAUUUUGUGUGUUUGUGCUUA